AGCCGUAUUUCACAAUCAGCUGUGAUUGUGCCUCUCCCAGGAAUGGUUAAAAUGCUGGCAACAAUUUUUCGAACCUCUGCCGGCCGGCCGCAGCAACUUUCGACCGCUGUGCAAUACAACUUCGCUAGCCUACGCGCUUUUCAAUCUUCGACUCUAAAUGCAGCCAUUGCGCAUCCGGUCACUGCUCAUGGACCUCCCCCCAAAGCGCCUUCACCGUCCCCCAGAUUCGAAAAGUGUACUACGCAGCAAUCGAAUACAGAAAGCGAGCCACAACACCGACCACGCAAGAGACCUACAGUGUUGAAGAAGCGGUUCUGGAAGGAUGUUGAUGUAAAGCAAAAAGAUGGAGGCGAUUACCAGGUUCUACUUGACAAACGGCCGGUUCGGACUCCCUCAAAAAGUGUCCUGUCAAUACCGUCUACAAAGCAACACCUUGCGCAAGCCAUUGCGUUAGAAUGGGACGUCAUGAAUGCAGCGCAGCAAGCCUUGAAGAAUCACACGAUUCCCCUGACCUCUCUCACUGCACGUGCCGCGGAUAUUGCGCAGGAGGAUGCUGCUGGUGCUGGUGCUGGUGCUGGUGUGGAGAGAGUUAUACGAACUCAAAUAGUAAAGACUGCGAUGCGUUAUCUUGAGACGGAUACAUUACUUUGCUGGGUACCUGAGCAAGAUGACGCUGUCAAGGACGAGGAAACACAACAACAGGAAACGCUCCGGGAAGCUCAGAUGAGGGUUGCAAAGGAUGUCAUUGCCUUUUUAAGCACCAAGGUAUGGCCAGGCAUCGACAUAGUGCCGGUUCUGGAUGGGAACAGUAUCUUCCCGGCAUCCCAGUCCCAGGCGACAAAAGACAUCAUCAGACAGUGGGUUGAAGGGCUGGAGGCCUAUGACCUUGCAGGCCUUGAAAGGGGUAUUCUUGCAUCUAAAAGUCUCCUGGUUGCCGUUAGACUGGUAACGGAAUGGAGUGAGAACUUUUGCCAGCUGCAACAGCUAAGCCGGAAGAGAUUUGGAAUCGAGGAGGCGGCCGAGGCUUCCAGCCUCGAAGUCAGAUGGCAAACGGAUAUGUGGGGCGAGGUCGAGGAUACCCAUGAUGUCGAUAAGGAGGAUUUAAAGAGACAGCUUGGAAGCGUUAUUGUUUUGGUGGCGGGAGUUCAAUAGAUCAUUAUUUAUUCUUGGG